UCGAGAGCGACAGCGACAAACAACCAGCUCCAUACUCGAGCGAUUCCGUGAGCUGAGCCUAAGGAACUGCGUCGAUAGCUCAUUCUGAUCAUGUCAAUCAAGCUCAUGAACCCUCUCGUUCGCCUGGUGGCGCGUAACCCCGCGCAAGUCCGCGCAUUCGCAACACAGCUCGGGGACGCGCCUACCCGACCACGCGUCAAGAAGGACACAAGCCUCAAGAUUGAGAAGGACCCAAAGCUCAAGAAGCUCAAAGCAGUGGCUGUGCCUCCUGUUCAACGUGCCACCAAGCAACCACCCAAGGGCGGUGUAAGCGCGUACACGCUCUUCAUCAAGAACUAUGCAAGUGAGCGUAAAGCCGCUGGCGAGCGCUUCGCCUUGACGGAUGCGAUUGAGGCGUACAAGAAGAUGCCCGAGGAGGAAAAGGCAAAGCUGCUUGAACAGGUGCCCAAUGUCCUUGCAGAGCGCAAGAAACUCUACGAUGCCUUUGUCAACAACAUGUCUCCCGCGGAAAUCGCUGCCGAGAACAAGGUCCGUGCUGGUCUUCGAAAGACAGCAUUGGCUAAGGGAAAGUCUGUCUCGAGCAAACUCAAGAAGAUCAAGGACCCAAAUGCGCCUACUGCGCCAUUGAGUGCUUGGAUGCGUUUCCUGCAGGAACGCCGAUCGUCUGGCGCGUACGAAGACUUGCCCAUGAUUGAGAUUACAAAGCGUGCGUCGACGGAAUGGCGUGAGCUGAGUGACGAGGCCCGGGCCAAGUACAGCGAGGAGGCAGCCAAGGGGUAUGAGGCAUACAAGAAGGCGAAGGACGCGUACUACGGCCAGCAGUGAUUGGGAAUUGAAUUGUAAUACUUGAAUCUGCUAUGUGACAUUUGUCGUCUGUCUCAUCCCCUUCUUCACUCUUGACCCUCUCGAGCAUCUUGAUUCUUCGCCAUCUUAACCCUCUUGACUUGCAAA